AUUGACUAAUAACUAUUGCUAAGGUCUACAUUAUAAUCUAUUGUAAUUGAAUCGUUUUUCAAGCUACCGAUCAAUGCCCACCCAUAGAUAAAUAUCUAAUAAAGUAAUGAAAGAAUUUUUUCUUUGAUAAAGUUAUUUCAAAUAAAUGCAAAUUUACGUCUAUUCGUAUUUUAAUAAAUAAAAAUUAAUUAGACCUAAAGCGCUACAGACAAAUUCAGUGCCAGUCGCCGAUGAAUCCCGAUGGCAUUCGAUGUCUUCUUAAUACUAUACAUUUAUGAAUUCUUCCUAGUUCGUAAUAACAAUAAUCUCUCUAAUUCUUUCCUAUCGUUCAAUCUGUGAUUACCAACGCAAAUCUCCAAAAAUUCUUGUAAAUUGGAUAAAUCACUAUUAUCACUAUACAACAAAAUUGUUAAUGCAUAACGCCAAAUUAAAUACUCUACUUCAUUCGAAUAAUCUAAUAAAAAUGGAAAUAGGUGUUGUAUAUGCUUCCAAUUUUGUUUACCCAAAUGUGACCUAAUCUCUAACAUAAAUAAGCUUUUGGAGAAUCCUGUAAGUGAUACGUAAUCCGAUUUCUUUUGUAAUGGCAUGCUUGUGCAACGAUUCGUCAUUUUCUGACACUUAUCGUUAUUCUUAUUAUUCCAACUUCGCUUCUUAUUAUUUAACCUUGUUUUUAGAAGUUCAACAGCUUUAACCUAAUUUUCGUAUAAGUCCCCAAAACGUAAUGCAAUAGAUUAUAAUAUACUGUCUAUUAAUAACUGUAAACGAAUUAUCGUAUUCAUAAUUACCGUGCUUUCUUUUCCAGCCAAAUACACACGAGAUUUUCUCUUGUUUUUAUCUGACAUUUUGCACGUUUAUUACAUCUUCUCGAACAUUAGACGUUUGACAAAAACGAUUUUAUAUAAUAGAAAAUGUCACGCCAAUGGAGAGUCCGUUGACGAUCUAAUUUAUACGAAUGAAAGUCAGAUUAGUCAAUUGAAACAAUGGCAAAAGGGCAUUGAUGAUAAUAAUAUUAAUCAUUUACAGGAUCAGCCAGUCGAUCGAGGAAAAGGAGGGAAAAAAAUUACACGUUGUAAUAGCCGUACGGUUAGGUUAGAAUGGACGCGACCACGUAUCGUUAGCCAUACCUUAUGUCACGUGACGCAAGUAACGUAACGCAGAAGAAUAAUGGCGGAAUUUUAAUGUGACAUUCCUCCCCACGAAGGAGAUGAUUAAUUUCGACAAUGUUGCUCGUAAAAAACUUUUAAGAUCAACUAUUAGGUGGCGCUUCAAACGGAGGCAUGGAUUUUGCCUCCUUAUCUUGCUUAUCGCCGGCAAUUUGCGUUAAAUGUUUCUUAUCAAAUGAUAUCUGUUUGCAUUUGUUAUUAAUUUCCCUCUGUAAUUCUGAUUGAUCUCGACAUAACUGAAAAUUUUCAUAUUCGCGAUCAGAUAAUCGUCGCGAUAUGGCAAGUACCUUUUUAUACUUUGCUUAUGGCAGCAAUUUGUUAAUGAAAAGAAUUCACUUCAAUAAUCCAACAGCCGUGCGAAAGGACAUUGGUCGCUUAAAAAAUUACAGGCUUGAUUUUAUAACUUACACAAAAAGAUGGGGUGGAGCAGCAGCUACGAUAGUUCCUACAGAAAAUUGUUCUGUAUGGGGUGCAAUUUGGGAAUUGGAUAUGUGCAAUCUUUCUACGUUGGAUUGUCAAGAGGGUGUUAUGGAUAAUAUAUACUUUCCAUUAAUGGUUAACGUUGAAACUCCCAGUGGUACUGUUUUAGAAUGUAGAGUAUAUCAACAAUGUAAUAUUCCAGCGAACUAUAUAAAACCAAUGCUCCUACCAAUCGAGAGGCGACCAUCGCCUCUUUAUUUAGAAACAAUUAUUAAAGGUGCUCAAGAGAGCCAACUUCCUGAUAGUUAUAUACAAUUUUUAAAGAUGAUAUCGCACAAUGGAUUUAAGGGAAAUUGUGAAAUUAGCCUAUCCUUGAAAGAAGUUUAACAUCUGUGAUUCUACAUCUUUGUGUAAAGUUUCUUGAGGGUUUGUUUGGCCAUUAAUAAUUCUGGAGCUUCCUGCAGAAUUAACUUAUCUAAGGUAUAACAGGGAAUUGUUAUUUUCGCAAACAUAUAUUUGUUUAUCUCUGUAAUUAAGGAUAUACAUAUAUAUACGUGUGUGUGUGUGUGUGUGUGUGUGUGUGUGUGUAUACGUACACACAUGUAUAAUAUUUAUAAAAUCUAGGUUAUAAUAUUCUGUGUGCAUGCGUGUGUGUUUAUAUAUACAUAUAGCAAAAAGUAAACGAUAAACUUAAUUAAAGUAUCACUCUUGUCUCAUAAUUCAUAUAUAUUUCAGGCCACUUUUUUUCUAAUACAUCUGUGCUUCAUCUUAGAAUUGUAAAACAAAAUGUAGUCUUUAAUAAUGGAGCAAUGAGUGGUGGAGUUAAUAGUCAAAGCAUUAUUUGUACCCAUUCGUAUCUAUUACUUUUUAAUUUAUAUAUAGCACAUAUACUUUUGCACAUUGAACAGUUAAAAUAUUAUAAUACACACAUACAAUUUAUUAUUUUUGCUUAUGCAUUUAAUUAUUGAAACCCUUUUAUUUCAUUGACAAACUUAUUCGUAUGUACUUGCAUUCAAGAUACUGCAACGCAAGAAGCAACUACGAUUUUACUCGUAUUCAUCGUCUUCAAUGUAUUUAAGAUUAUUAUUAGGGUGCUGUUAAAUCCCUUAAUGAAUCCCUUAAUGAAUCCUUUAA